AUGGCUCCCUUCGAGACCGCGAAGCUUACUCUCGAUUACCUCCCCUACGCCUGCGAAUUCGAUCCUCAGGAUGCGAAUAGGCUCCUUGUCGGCGGAGGCGGCGGCGCCAAUAGGAGUGGCGUCGCAAACAAGAUCACAGUGAUCGACACCUCAACGAAAGACGAGCUGCGCAUCAGCGGCGAGGCUGACCUCAGUCGCAAUGAGGACAGCGUCAUGACCCUCGCCGUUGGCCCGAAGAAGGGCAGGACUUCCCACAUCUACGCCGGUAUCAACUCGAGCCCUGCCGAUGUUGAGAAGGGCAAGAACGAGCACUUCCGCGUCUUCGGUAUCGAACAGAGCAAGGCCCGCAUCUCCGUCGGCGCCAACACCCCCGCCGUGAAUCUCGCCGAGCUCUCCCGUACGGCUCUGUUUUCCCAUGCUGAGAACGACAAGGAUGCCUAUCAGCGUCUGCUUCGACUCUCUGCCCCCUUUGGCGACAAGCACCAGCUGGGCGCCGUUGCGACUGGCUUGGCUAAGCAGUCGCAAAUUGCGCUGUUUGAGGUGUCCGCCGCUUCAGGAGCAGCGGUGAAGACAAGGGGCACGCUGGAGAUUUCGAGGGAGGCCAUGGAUCUCGACGUAAUCCAGACCGGUGACGAGACCUACCAGGUCGCAUUCUGUGACGAGCGCGAAUUGUUCGUCAUCAAUGUCACGAAGGACGGCAUUGAUGGCCCGCACUUGGCAUAUACGAUCAAGGAGGACGGCACCGGUGUUAAGCCUAUCUUCCGGUCUAUUAGGUAUCUGACGCCGUGCUUCAUCAUGGCAGCUGCCAACCUCCCCAAGCGGACCGGUGCUGUGCUCUUGGGCAUCCGCCUGCCGAUGAAGGACGGCGAGAACGGCCGUCUGGCUGCGUCAGCCAAGCUGCCGCGUGCAGUCACCCAGGCGACCACCAUCGCUGUGCGAAAUCUCAGCCCGCCGUCCGCCCCGGACGCAAAGAUUGGAAACGCACAAUUCGUCGUCGCCGUCGCCGGCCAGGACCGCUCGAUAUCGCUUUUCACGCUCGAGCACAAGGCUCACUCGACGAUUGAGCUGCUGGUCGACUUUGAGCCCCUUACAACGUUGAAGGAGGCUCAUCCCCUGCAGAUCACCAACCUCGCCUUCUCCUACUUCAUUCCCCCCAAGACCACUGCCCGCCCUCAGUACCUCAAGCUUGCGAGCAUAUCGAUGAAGAACACCGUGGUUGUACACUCCAUCCUCCUCAAGAGGUUUACCGACAGGGAAGUUCCCCUACGCAAGGGUGGCCCGCCCCGCCCCCAGCGGUAUGCCGUCGCUUUCCAGCCCCGCAGAUAUACCGCCAAGGCUACCUUUACCCUCGCCACUAUUGUCGUCCUUGUCCUGGCAAUCGUGGCUCAGAUCAGUCUCGAAACUUUUGGCGUCGUACGUCCUCGUAUUCUGUCCCAGUCAGGUACGGUCGCUAGUGUCAACCAGCCGAACGAGUUCCUUUCCACGCUUGUCGGCGAUGUGCACGCCCUUCAGGGUGACCCAAUCGUCAUCCGCGAGGACGCCGUCAGUCCCACCCACCCCGAGGAGAAGCCGGUCCCGCGAUUCCAGGCCGCUGUUCACGAUGAGGCAGUUUAUGGCCCCGCCGUCAGCUGGGAGGACCUGACGGCGCAGCAGAAGAAGCUCUGGAAGGAGAAGCUCGCAGAAGCGGGACACUGGACCCAGAACAUGGGCGAGAGCGUUUUCAAGGGUAUUUUAUUCGGCGAGCUGGCCGGUGCCGUUAGACAGGCGGUUGCGGGAUAG